CGACAUCUAUUGGUUAACAUGUUUCAGAACUUCCAUUUUUCCAUUGAUAUACGAUUGAAAAUAUGUUUUCUAUUUAUAUUUUUUUGUGUGAAUUGUGAAGUUUAUUAUGAUAUGUCCGAAGAUUUGAUAACGGAACUGUAUUCUAAAUAUAAAGAAGCUGUGGCAGAUGAUGACAGUUCUCCUUCAUUGCGGCGUUUGUUUAAACAUAAUAAAGAAUAUAAUAUCCAUGUCAAUAAAUUAAAAGAAGUUAACGGAUAUAAAAAGCAUAAUCUGAUAAUUAGACAACAGGAUAAUUCAAGAGCAAAUCCCAUAAUUUACAUAAACAAUCCCGUUGAGUCUAAAAUACCGAAUGCUUAUUUAACUUUAGAAGAAUUCAAGAAAGUAUUAGUGAAUAGAGUAAAGCCAAAAAUCAGAGAUGAAUUAGAUAUAGUUACUAAAAUGACUAAAAAAUAUGAAAAUUCUUCAAACAGAACUAGUGUUAGAAAUAUUACUAAUAAAAUUCCUGGUAAGUUAAGUAAUGAUAACCUAACUACUGAGAAUACGAGGACAGAUAUUGUAACAAAAACACAUAAAAUAUAUGAAAAUGUUACAUUACCCACUAAAAAUUAUAUGACUACACAACAAAAUGAUGAAACUACAGUAAUAAAUACAAAAAUCAGAGAACAGAAUGAUAAUAUAAAAUUUGAGGAACUUACUAAUAUUACAGUUGAAAAUAGGAGUGAUACUACAUUUAAAACAACCGAAAGUAUUAACAAAUCUAUUGAAAAAAAUUUCAAUAAUGAAGAUAAUGAAGCAAAGGGGCUUAGCGAAGAAGAAAAUUAUGAAGAAUCAAGCGUAGAUCAAGAAAUAACAACAUUUUUAACAACAAAGUCUACAACAGUCAAAACGACAUUAGGGAGGCCAUUAGUGUUCAUGGGAGGCUACAACUAAGCUUUUGUGUAUUAAGUAAUUAAUAUUAUUUAAUUGCCUAUUUUAAUUUAUUAUAUAAAUACAAAUUUAGUAACUAAAUUAUAAAUACUGUAAUUAUUUUGUUUUU